GAUUAAUAGUAAUUUUAGAGCUACCGACGUUAUGAUAUGGCUAUACAUCCUGUUUGAAUUAAUGCCCAACUAUCUUCGCUCUCAAGUCUCAAUCACUCUAAUGUCCUUUUAUAGUAUUCCAUUCCAUUCCAUAGGUUGUGGGAAGUAGGAAAUUGGACAGCAUGGGGUUGAAUGUGAAAGAAUCGACGAUGGUGAGGCCAACGUCAGAAACGCCAAGUGGGAUUAUGUGGCUGUCGAAUUUGGACUUACACAUGCCUGCUACCUAUCACAGCCGGAGCGUCUACUUGUACCGCUCCAAUGGCGCGGCCAACUUCUUGGACGUUGCGUUGCUGAAGGCGGCACUUGGGCGGGUCCUGGUUGACUUCUACCCGGUUGCAGGGAGGCUGGAGAAGGCGGAUAACGGGCGCUUCCAGAUUAACUGCAACGCCGAGGGAGUGUUGUUCGUGGAGGCGGAGUGCGACGCCGCAGUCGAUGACUUGUCUGAUUUCAGGGCCCGCGCCCCCGACCUCAGUCUCGUCCCUAAAGUCGAUUAUUCCCGGGGGAUUUCCACCUGGCCACUUUCGCUGCUGCAGUUGACUCGCUUCAAAUGCGGUAGCAUUUCCUUGGGCGUUGCAAACGACCACCACGUUUUCGACGGGAUCGCCGCCCUCCAUUACAUCAACACGUGGGCCGACACCGCUCGCGGCCUAACCGCUGCGGCCUUCCCCCCGUUCCACGACCGCCGCCUCCUCUCGGCGCGCAGCCCGCCGCAACCGCAAUUCCCCCACGACGAAUACCAGCCCCCGCCGCCGCUCAUAACCCCUCUCUCUCCCCCCAACACCGACACAUUACACUCAACAUUCAGCCUCACUCCCGACCACCUCCGCGCCCUCAAGCAGAGAUGCAACGGUUACACCACGUACGAGGCGGUCACCGCCCACGUGUGGCGCUGCGUCUGCGCGGCCCGCAGCCUCCCCCCAGACCAACAAACCAAGCUGCAAAUCUCGGUGGACGGGCGUUCCAGGCUGCGGCCGCCCCUGCCGCCGGGUUUCUUCGGCAACGUGAUCUUCUAUACAACGUCGACCGCUCUGUGCGGCGAACUGGUGGCGAAUCCGCUGGGGUUUGCGGUGGAGAAAGUCCACGAGGCGGUGGCCCGAAUGAACGACGAGUAUUUGAGGUCGGCUAUCGACUACUUGGAGCUGAAGCUGCCGAAUAUCCACACCACCACCCGCAGCGAUAAGACCGUCAAGUGCCCUAAUUUUGAUAUCACGAGCUGGGUGCGGCUGCCCUUUUACGAGGCGGAUUUCGGUUGGGGGAAGCCAGUUUAUGCCGGGCCGGCAGCGGCUCCGUAUGAAGGGAAGGGUUUUAUGUUCGUUGAUGCGGAGAGAAAUGGGAGUUGGUUGCUUGAGAUCACGCUGCUCAAGCCGCAUAUGGAGGCGUUUCACAAGUUGUUCUAUGAUAUUUGAAAGUGUUUCUGUUGAGUCGGACCACUUAGUUUUUCGAAUCUUUUAUUUGUUAUUGGAUGCUUGAAUGUGAGACAUAUGGAUCAUGUAUUAUUUAAUUAAGAUGGUUAUUUGAAAUAAACAUUAUUCAUCUUUUAUCAA